AUGGCAUUAGAUUUAAGAAAUCUUAUUUCUCUUCCCUACAAGCAUACUUAUAAAAACAAUUUAAAUUGUGGAGGUCCCCCUAUGGAGAUUCCUGGUGAAUUCACGAACAAACUGGAAUUGAUCUACACUUAUUCUGUGAAAUUUGAGGACGAAAAUGAUAUCAAGUGGACUUCCAGAUGGGACUACAUUUUGGAGUCUAUGCCACAUACCAACAUUCAGUGGUUUAGUAGAAUGAAUUCCCCCCUAAUUGUUCUCUUCUUGUCUGGCUUGGUGGCUAUGAUGAUAUUGAGAACUCUUUGUAAAGAUAUUGCAAGAUACAACCAGAUUGACUCUCCUGAAGACGCCCAAAAGGAAUUUAGUUGGAAGUUGGUUCAUGCAGAUGUAUUUAGACCUCCAAGGAAGGGAAUGCUGUUAUCUGUCUUCUUGGGUCAAGGAAUACAAAUUUUCAUUGAUAUUUAUUACUCUAUGUAA